GACCCCUUCCCCCCGCCUCGCCUCCCCUGGUUCCUGACCUGGGCGGCCUUUGCCUCCUUCUCUUUCUUCUCCGUCGAGGCUUCAAGCUCAAGGCCCCACUUCCUGUUGGGCAUUGGCCAACAACAACCUUCAUCCCUUGCUACUUACAUAUUAUCCUGACUUCAGGAUGCCUAGCGUAAGCUAUCUCGCAGCAUUGGCCCUCGCCAUUGGCGACGCCAGGGGUGUGCAGCUGGACGCCAGCGGCUCCGACGGGACGUCGUGGGUCGAGAAGACCGUGGCGGCGACGCCGACCCCCACGUGCAUACUGACUGGGCCGAACCCGUGGCCUUCGGACUGCACGUGCGCGAGCUGGGCCCAAGGAGACGGCAGCGGCGGAAACGAGACGUUCCUCGGCACGGUGGCUACCUGCCAGGAGUGCCUGCAGCUGGUCCUGAACACCGACCCGACCGCGGCCGGGGCCACUUUUCGAGCUCCUGGCUCGAGCACCUCGCCGCUGGGGGAAUGCUACCUCGAGCACGCGUGGCUGUACCCGAACGGGGACCAGAGUUGGAUCACGAUGCCCAUUCCCAAGAUGUGGAUGAUGAUUCCGGGCUUCGGCGGAAUUGUUCCCGGGAUUGGAACAUCUGGCGGCGGAACAUCUGGCGGCGGAACAUCUGCCGGCUGGACGGGCGUGUCAUCUACGGGGACGUUUGGCGCUUCGUCGGCUCCAACAUCUGCUGGAUCGACGUCUGCGACAUCUGCGGGAACGACGUCUACGGCUGGAAUCUCCACUGGAGCCGCGGCUGCCGUUGGUGAUCCGCAUUUGCAAAACAUCCAUGGUGAGCGGUUCGACUUGAUGAGGCCUGGCAGGCAUGUCUUGAUUCAUAUUCCACGGGGGAUGGAGAAGGCGCUGCUUCAUGUAGAGGCCGAUGCAAGCCGAUUGGGGGGAUCAUGUGCAGAUAUGUACUUCCAGGAUCUGAAUAUCACAGGGGGGUGGGUGGACGCGAUGCAGAUCGGUGGUCUCCGCUUCCGUGCUCAGGAUGCGAGCGACAGAAACCUCAACUGGACAAAGUUCGGGAAGGUAGAGAUAAAGAUUGCUCAUGGACUCACGCGGAAGGGCAUUCAGUACUUGAACUUCUACGUGAAGCACCUUGGGCGUGCUGGCUACAGUGUCGGAGGGUUAUCCAGAGAAGAUGAUCACGAGGAGGCAGCGAUGCCCUCGCCGGCAUGUGCUCAGCGCUUGUCCCUCAUUCAAGGUGGUAUCUAAGUUGUCGAACCGCAUCCGCUCCUUCGCUGCAGAGGUGAACUUCGAGCACGGAGGCGCCUACGGGGAACGAUUUGUGUGUGUGCGUGUGUACUGCCAGGUCACCUGUUUGCCGCAGACCUUCGUGUUGCUUCCUGCGCCCGCCCCGGUCUGAGUACGGGGGUGCUGUAAGAUCAACAAGCGCGGACCGCUCGCGCUCGUUAUAAGCAGGGAAAACAUGCAUUGGUAUGUCGAGAGCGAAUGCUGGCGAUUUUUGAGCGUGAAAAGGACUGCAGAUGUCUUGCCCUUGAGCAUCUGCGGCUCGUCGCCGCAUAACGCGAUAGUGUACAACGUGUGCUUCCUGAGCGAGGAGGAAGAGCAGGAUAGGAGAAGAGUUCUCCUCCCCUCCUCGAUUACUGUGCGUGUCGGUCUUACCUCUCCACAGCAUUUGUUUGCCGAAAUUGACGCCAGAAUUGUUUGAAUGAGCCCUACAUUGGCCAGAGUUGGGUAUGAGGGGGCAAGGGCAGCCGAAGUGGACCCCGGUUGGCCGGGAGUUGGCCCAAACUGGCCCC